AUGUCCAACUUGUCAGAUAUUAUCACCACACAAAACAGGCUUGAAGAAAACAUCUCUAAAAGAUUUGAUGAACUCCAAGCUCAGAUAACAAAUGCUGGAUCAUCAAAAGACACCGUUGCAAAAGUUGGUGAAGAACUCCGGAGCUUCAGGGAGAUCAUUUUUGGUAUCCUUAGUCUUCUCCGGAAACAAAUAAGGGAAUGUGCCAUUCAAGUCGAUGAACUUGAGUCAAGGAACCGCAGGAAGGCCCUCAUUGUGGCUGGUGUACCCGAAAAGGAUAAGGAAGACUGCACCCAGAUGAUUCUUGAGGUCCUUAAUAACAAAAUGGGCCUUAGUGACAUAACUAAGUCUUCCAUAAAAGUGUGUCACAGACUUGGAGCACCUAAUAAGGAGCAUCACAGACCCAUCCUUGUAAGGUUCAUCAGCGUUGACACCAAAUUGAUGGUAUGGAAGACUAAGACCAAACUGAAGGGUUCUUCUGUAUCUCUGAAGGAGUUCCUUACGAAGACUAGGCAAGCUGUGUUCACUAAAUCGCGUCUCCAUUUUGGAAUGCGUUCUGUUUGGACACAAAGUGGCAUUAUAGUCAUUAAAACACCAAGUGGAGUCACUCAUAGAAUCACUACAGAUGAGGAAUUGGGACCUCUCAUCGCCAAGUAUCCAAAGGCAGCAGGGAAGUCCUCGACUGUA